AUGUGGCUACUCUGUUUUAUAGUUCGCUCUGGCCUGGCCUUUGCAAUAUGCGCCCUGUUGAUUACGGUGAGGGGCGAGUCGUCUUCUGGUCCUUGUCCCAAUGCAUGUUCUGGACCACCAGAUAGAUGGGGCGUAUACAACACGCUCGAACAUCUUGUAAAUUGUGGCCAGCCAAUAUUUAUGGAUUUUGCACUCCAUAACUCUCUCGGCGAUUCUUCAACAUCAAUUAAGAUACGAGCAUGCGUAGUCGAAGUCAAUUCUCCAAGUAGCGACACACCGCCUGAUGCGUCUGGCCAAACCCCGUCGAAUAAUGACCAUUAUCAUUCAAACCAGUCAAAGCCAUUAUGUAGCUCUGCUUCGGAGACUAAGAAAGAGCUGGGACUCACGGUUCUCGAAUCGAAAAGUAAUUUAACGCCUCAGCUAAUUAUUAUUCUAAAAGUGGCUCAGACAUACUUGGAGGAAAAGACAGCAUGUGAUACGAGACUCCUUUUUGGCUACUAUCAAGGAGCGACUGUGGGUAUCUACACUGGAUCAGCGUUCGAAAAUCAUGCUACAACAGCAUCCAUCAUCCAGAAGCUUCUUCAACAACAAGUCAAAUCCGAAGGCGCGACAGACAUGAUGGCCCAAGUAUGUGGGCCGUUGAGUAUGCCAGACACAGUAUUUGGUGUCAUCACGAGCACCUCUUCUCAGCCAUUCACUCUGCUACAGAAUACAGUAAAGUCUUGGAGCGAAGGGAAAUGUGUUGAAGAUUCGGUUGAAACCCCGCAGAUUGAGCAAGUCAGUGUCUGGGAGGUUCACCAUACCUUCCCACAGCCUUCAAUUAGUGGCCGUCGUCUGAAGGUUCUAACUUCCCGAUCCGAUUGCCAGACUAUGACCGUAGCCUCUGGAGAUAACUGCGAGUCAUUAGCAUCUAAGUGCUCCAUAUUGCCCUCAGAGUUCACGAAGUUCAAUUCUGAUCCAAACUUAUGCUCUAAACUCCAAGCUGGUCAAUUGGUAUGUUGCGAGAUCGGUACUAUACCGGACAGAAAGCCGCAGAAGCAGGCCGACGGGAUUUGCGCGACCUACACGAUUGCGGCUGACGACAACUGCUUCAAAAUUGCUGAAGCUAAUGGUCUCAACGACAAUCAGAUCGAGGACUUCAACAACGGUACGACAUGGGGUUGGAGCGGUUGCAACAACAUCAUGGUUGGAACGACAAUUUGUGUCAGCGAUGGCAAUCCACCUAUGCCAGCACCUGUUACGAAUGCUCUUUGCGGGCCAACGAAACCUGGGACAGUGGCUCCUAAUGGGACACAAAAUCUGUCGGACCUGAGUCCCUGCCCAUUAAAUGCAUGUUGUAAUGUGUGGGGUCAAUGUGGCAUCGAUCCAGAGUUUUGUACUGAAGAAAGAGGCCCUUCCAAUAACCCUGGAACCUCGCCACCAGGCAAAAACAGCUGCAUACAAAAUUGCGGAACAAACAUCACAAAUAAUCUUACUGGUCCCGAGAAAUCAAUGUCUGUUGGCUAUUAUGAAGCUUGGAACUGGGAUCGACCUUGUCUCCAUCGUCGAGUGCAAGAUAUCGACACUAAUAUCUUCACCCAUCUCCAUUGGGCAUUUGGAACGGUCAACUCGGAUUUUACUGUUUCGGUGAACGAUUCCAAUAAGCAGUUUACGAAUUUUACGGCGCUACAGAACGUCAAGAAAAUUAUUUCCUUCGGAGGCUGGGGAUACUCAACUUCCCCAGAAACCUACGAUCUUUUGAGGGAAGCUAUGAUGCCAUCCAACGCUGCAAAUUUUGCCAAAGCAAUUACGCAAUUUGUUGCUGAUAACAAACUAGAUGGAGUAGACUUUGACUGGGAGUAUCCAGGUGCUCCCGAUUUGCCCGGCAUCCCUGCGGGCAAAGAUUCUGACGCUCCAAACUAUCUUGGUUUCCUCAAGCAGUUGAGGAUUCUACUUCCCGCACCAUCGAUUAUCUCAAUAGCUGCGCCAGCCUCGUAUUGGUAUCUGAAGGCUUUCCCAAUUGCGGAAAUAGCGAAAACAAUCGACUACAUUGUCUACAUGACAUACGAUUUGCAUGGUCAGUGGGAUUAUCGUAAUUCCUGGUCAUCAUCUGGUUGCCCUAAAGGAAAUUGUCUGCGUAGCCAUGUCAAUAUGACCGAGACCAUGUAUGCUCUUGCUAUGAUUACAAAAGCAGGUGUUCCAUCAAAUAAGGUGAACAUAGGCGUUUCCAGUUAUGGUAGAUCUUUCAAGAUGUCAGAAUCUCUAUGUAGCGGUCCUACGUGCAGUUUCGAAGGCCCUACCUCUCUGGCAGCGGAAGGCGAAUGUACAGGAACACCAGGUAUCCUAGCAAACGCUGAGAUCGAUCAGAUUAUCGCAUGGAGCGACAACGCCACUACUCAUUACGAUGCCGGCUCAGAGUCUGAUAUACUUGUUUAUCAAGAAACUGAGUGGGUUGCCUACUUGUCGGACAACAGCAAAAAAUGGAGACAGGAUUUAUUUAAAAAGCUUAAUUUUGGUGGAAGUGUGGAUUGGGCCGUAGAUCUCCAGUCCUUUAACAGAGAUACAGCUAGCCCAAUGGAAGAGACUGAAGAUGAAAUUGACGAGCAGAUGUUUGGCGGUGAGCCUCUUCCAACAUGUUCAGAGAGCUACACAACGUUCGAACAGUUGGAAAAAGAUGCAGAUACCAUGCCACCCAACUGUAAAGCGCUUUACGCAGUGCAAGCUAUGGACGCUUUGCUUUCGAAGGCUCUCGCUAAUUAUUCUGACAUUAUGUCACACGGAUAUGAUGAGAAAUUCGAUGUCUAUGCAGGUGCAGUUGUUGAUAGUGCUAGCAAAAACGUCGUCGACUUUUACACUGGUAACGGCAACAAGUAUUUCACAUGCGUCGUGUUAGAAUUUGAAACAUGCUGCUCAGAAUGCCGGAAGAAAAACCCUCAGCCUGACGCUCCAGCGUGUAGGUACUGCAUAGAUGGGGCUUGUCACAAAAGACGAGAUGAGCCACUCACGAUCGGUUCUGGAAUGAAAAUAUUUGACGAGCAUGCCGCAAGCCUUAGGGUGCGAGAGAGUGUUGGCAUAAUAGAUAGCGGUGGAAAACCAAAGUCCAACAGCAAAUACGUCAAUGUUACCGAACCUUGUCCUCCAGACUACUCUUUGCGAGGAUCGCAAGGACCCGUUUAUACUGAUAGUGUAUAUUGGACCUUACAAGAAGACAAAAUCGGUAAUUUCUGGACGGAUUUGACGAAUGCUACUGGCAUUACACCUGACAAUAUUGCGUUUAAAAAUAUUCAAAAUUACCCUUGCGAUGGGUUUCCAGCAGAAGAAUGUAUUGGCGUAGGCCAGUGGGCUAUGAACGUUCCAGCCCCUCAGGGCUAUGACAAAACCGACAUUGCCAAUCCCAAAGAUCUCGUAAACAAAGCGUUGGCCAAUUCUCAGAACCUCAGUCCUCAGAUCAAGGACCUACUUCUUACGUUACGCUUACAUUCUUACCAAGGAGCUGAUCCAAUGGAUGCGGUCGAUGCCUUGGGAAUACCGGUCGCUAUGAUCGCUGACGCGGUUGAAAAUAUGAGCAAAGUGGCUGCAAUCGGCAAAGAAAUCAAGGACGAAGAGGCGAAGGCUAAAAGAAGCGAGAUCCUAUUUGGCUUUCUCAGCGCGAUCUUAUUCUUCAUACCAGUUGCUGGAGAAGUGAUGAGUGCAGUGGCGGGUCUUGCAACCAUUGGACGCAUCGUCGCAUUGCUAGGUACCUUGGGAAACGUAGCGUACGACUCAUAUACCAUCGUCAAUGACCCCGCGAAUGCACCGCUCGCGAUUUUUGGGUUGAUUCUUGCUCCCUUGGGGCUGGCUGAUGUGGUCGCUUUGGCCAAAGCGGCGAGGAUUGCGAGAGAUAUGCAAGCACCAGACGUGUUGAAACUAGGGACAAAUGUCGGGAAGAGAUUGGGUACUUUGCGGAAAGUGACCGAGAUUUGUAAGAAGUAA